AUGUCGUUUUUAUUCAAAUUACAGUAUAAUUUUUUAUCCUUAAAAUGUGCGCUAUCCGUGUUAUUGUUUUUGAUAAUAUUUACACUAUUACAGAUAUGGACAGAUCGUUCUAUGGUACAUUAUACCCACAUAAUACCUAGCUUGCAAAUGUUCUCUGAUAAUGGACCUAUACAAUCUAAUAUAUCGAUGAAAAGCAUAUUAAUAUGGGACAAGUAUUACUUGAUGACCACUAACCAUGGUAACCAGAUAUUCCCGAGGCUACAGUGCCGAGUUAACAACUGUUUAUUCACUGAAAACAAGGAUUUGUUUAAUGGAGACUACACGCAGUUUGAUGCUGUGCUUUUUGCUGAGCAAGUAUUAGGGCAGGGCUUCAAGCUUCCAGAGAAGCGAGCGCAGUCACAAAUAUACAUCUUCACUACAAUCGAGUCGGCGUACCACGUCCCAGCUUGUGAAGUGUACCACGAUAACUUCUUCAACUGGACGUUUACGUACAGACUGGACUCGGACGUGCUGUGGCCACACUUCAUAGUGCGUAAUGCGAAACGCCACGUUGUGGCUCCGAGCAUAGACGUGAAGUGGAAACAGUACACUAGGAAGCGCAUCAAUUCCAACAUACUGAAGAUCCUACAUCAGAAAACAAAAGCCGCCGCCUGGCUAGUCAGUAACUGCAAAGCUGACAGCGCGCGCGACGAUUACCUAACACGACUUCAGGAGAACCUAUACCACUUCUCUCUUCAGAUAGACGUAUACGGCGAAUGUUCCAAAGUCAAAUGUGCAAAUGAUAACUGUGGGGAAAUGUUGGCUAAAGAUUAUUACUUCUACAUGGCGUUCGAGAACUCUUUCUCGGAAGAUUACGUCACAGAGAAGGUGUUGGACGGGUACCAUCAUUAUGUAGUCCCCAUUGUGUACGGUGGUGCUAAUUACACCAGAUUCCUCCCGCCUGGCUCCUACCUCAACGCCCGCGAGCUUCAUCCCUACAACUUGGCUUACAUCAUGUAUCAAUCUAUCAAGCGCCCGAUGAAGUACCACCAGUUCUUCAGAUGGACUAACUACUACACUUUAGACAACGACAUACCUGGCCAUCAUCCUUUAUGCAACCUCUGUGAAGCUUUAAACAGUGAAAAAGCUAAAAUACCAAAGACGUAUAAAAACUUUAGGUUCUGGUGGAAUGGUCGUAACGGGAUGAAGUGGUGCUUGUCAAGAAACUUUUGGAAUGAGACCUCUUUGAUGCACAUAGAUAUUAGGGAUAUGUUCCAUAUGUACUAA